GUCGAACAGCUACUAGAGCGCGCAGGGCCACAAUGGCUGUGAAAAUGCUAACUCUCGGCGGCUUGGUGGUUGUGACGUCACACAUGGCACUGAUGGUGGCGCGUCCAACAAGCACAGAUCGGCACAGCUCUUUGUUGGCUAUCUAUCACGCCUCGGGGUACUUGUUCUCCGGUCACCGCACCACCACCAUCUUCAUCAUCACCCGUGUGCAUCUAACUUCCGUGGCGCGUCUCCGCAUCCUUUUCUAAUUUCCCCACUGAAGAGUCCGACAUGCAAGCUCC